GCGGUGGGUGCCACUCUGCUGACGGUUCCCUGGCCCCGGGGCGGCGCUGUGAGACGGAGUCGGAGGAGGCCCACAGCUGCCGGGCGCCUGGGAAGCACGAGGCUCUGCCAGAGAGGCGAUCCCCGUAGACCCGAGUGCUUUCUCCCAGCCGGUCAGAGACUGAGCUCGAGUAGUCUGAUUGGAGGGGCUUAGGUUGAGCUCAGUGAGAAAGAAAGAGAUCUCAAAGCACCUUCUUUAGGCACCGGGCUCUGGGCGCCGGGGAUACAGAGAUAGGCAAAACCCAGUCCUCAUCCCAGUUUGAGUAACGUCGAAGGAUCCGUGUCUUUUACAGACUGUCUGUAGUAGUCAAGAGCUGAAAAUCUGAAGACACAAUGGGAAGAGAAGAGAACUAAAGCAGCCUUGCUCAGCAAUGCAAGAGGCGUGAUGGAGGUUGAGUCCUCAUACACAGACUUCAUCUCCUGUGACAGAACGGGUCGUAGGAAUGCUGUCCCUGACAUCCAGGAUGACUCUGCGGCAGUGAGUGUGAGGAAACUGACAGGGAACAUGGGGGAGCUGGCACUUGAAGGAGCAGAAGGGCAGGAAGAGAGAAGCACAUCAGACAAGGAAGCUGGUACCAUGCCUGAGGGGAAUGAGGGGACCACCACAUCCUGAGAGCUACUCCCAUCCCAUUCCCUUUGUUCAGUGGCUAAAGGAAGAAGCAACCAGCCUAUGCUUCCCGAGACAAACUUGACAGCAUCUUCCCCGAGGCCCACUUCCCUCCCCUACAGUAACCCUUCUGGGCACAGUGAAGCCAUGUGGACCUCCCCAGACACUUCUUUUUCUUUCAUCCUCUCUCCCUUCCCCAGAGGAAGUCUGUGCUCAAUGCAGGUUUGCCCUACUAUGGGGACCUCAGACUGAGGCUAGCCUCCAGAGGUGCCUUAAGAGCCCUACCCCAGGCUAGGGAAACCCUGUGGUUUUACUUACCAUGAACCUUCACUUCUUCCAAGGCCACUUAUCUUAUUGUAUUUGUCAAUUCCAAACAAUAUUUAUUUGAUUUAUAUCUGUGGGGUAGGAUUGGGGAGGUACCACCUGCUCCCUUUCUCUGGAGGACAGCUAGAAGCCAGGUAUCCUCCUAGUUCCUCUUAAAGGAAACAUCAUCAACCCUCACAUUGAACCUCUCAAUUCACUUCAUUAAAUUUCCUGAGUGCCUACUCUGUUCAGGGCUCUGAAGGAAGCAAAAAAAUGAAUGAAACCUGGUUACUGACCUUAGGGAGUACCCUAUCCUCAGGGCUGCUGAUUGCUUCAUCUCUGAUCCUCAGGAUCAAGGGAAAGAUCCUUCCCAACCCAUCUGGAUUAGUUCCUUUUUACUCUUUUUAAACUUUGAUUUUAAAUAUUAUCCAUUUUUGGGGGGGUGGGGUUUGGAGAGGAGGGGAGGUGGGGACAGUUAAGAAAAGAGGAAAAAACCAGUGGAGAUCUGCCUUUUAUUUCCAUGGGGAGUGGGUGGUAAGGAAACAGAAGGGAUAUUUUAAUUUAAACUCUUUGACCUGUGUAGCUCAGAGACAAUGAUUCCCGAACUCUUCCAAACCCAUUCUUAAGGGAAUCAUUUUGUUUCCCAAUUUUAUUAAAUUAUGUCUCCUUUCUAUAAAGAUACUUGAUGCUUACCAUUUGGAAAAUAAAUUCUUACCUUUUGUGUG